UUUCAUCUUUCCAACUCCAUAUCAUCGAUUACCGCCAUAUUGAAUGAUAUACACAGUUAAUGACCCUUCACUCUCCUCUACGCACUAAACCCAACUUGUUGAUCGAAAACCCUAAUCGUUCAUUGAAAUCUUGCAUUUGAUCAUCAACCGCAAUCGUAAGUUUGAAUCCACGAGGAUGGUCCAAAUGUGGGAAAUCAGGCCAAGAAAUCAGUGUUUUGAUGCAAUCCGAAUUUACGAAGGAUAUCCCACGAUGUUCACUAUUGAGCUCCAUCAUGGAGGGAGGUUCACAAAAUUCCCAGGGAUAAGCUACAUUGAAGGAAAAUUAGACCACAUUGACUUGGUAGACAUGGAUGAGUUCUCUGUGCAUGAGUUGGACGAGGUGAUGCUGAAGCUUGGUUAUGAUGUACCACCAGUCAUUUACUACCACUAUCAAUUGCCAAAUGGAGAUUUGGAGUUUGGUCUUAGAGCUCUAGGGAAUGAUAUUGAUGUACUUAGUCUUGCACAGUACAUUGAACAUCAUAAGAUCAUCAAGGUAUACACUGAACAUAAUGAAACUAAGUUACUUACAUACUUUAUGUCUCCAAGAGUUAAACCUAGGGUCAUAAUUGAGGAAAUAGCAGAUGAUGUGCCCACUGCAACUGUUGGUGAUCAAGAUGUCCCAAAUCUUGAAUUGUGUUUAGUAAGAUAUGAGACACCCGAAUACAAUUCAAAUAAGAGAUUGAGGUUAGUUGAUGGGAGUCAAUCAUGUAGUAAGAAAUUGUGUUUCAACUUGGAACACACUGCAACUGUUGGUGAUCAAGAUGCACAUGUUGAAAUUGGUAAUGAAGGUGCAAAUAUUAGUGAGCAAGGUGCAACUGUUAGUGGUCAAGAUACACAUGUUGAAAUUGGUAAUGAAGGAGCAAAUGUUAGUGAUCAAGGUGCAGCUGUUGGUAAUCAAGAUACAGAAGUUCAUGAUCAAGGUGCAAAUGUUGGUGACCAAGAAGUAAAUACAAGAGAGUUUGAUACCUUUGAUGACCAACCAUUUCAAUUUGAAGACUUUGAUCCUUUCUUUGAUCAAUAUACUUUUAAUGAUGGUAAUGAUCAGAGUAUGGGUGUUGGUGCAGAACUUGGCACAGGACUAGGGGAAGUUCAAUUUGAAAGUGAGGGAGUUUGUGAAGGACUUGGUGAAGGAGAUGUUGAAUAUGUUGACAGAGGAAAAGGUGUUGAGACUGAAAAUGAAGUUGUUGAUACAGAAGAUGUUGAAGAUGUUGAAGUAAUUGAUAAUGAUGAAUGGGACUCAUUAGGUGAAGAUAGUGAUGAUGAAAGAAGGAAAGCAAUAUUAAAACAGAUGGUGAAGGAGAAGAAGUGCUCUCUUGGUGAAGUCCAUACAGUUACUUUUCAAGUGGGUCAAAAGUAUAAAAGUAAAAAGGAAAUUAAGAACAAAGUCAACAAACUUGCCAUUGAGACUAGAAGGAAUCUUGGCUUCAAGAAAAACGACAAAACAAGGCUUAGGGUUGUGUGUAAAGGUAAUGUACCUAAUGUAAAUGCAAGUGGGGUAGGUAAGGGCAAUAAAUUAAAUUGUUCUUGGUCAAUGCAGACUUCACGGUCAAAAGAUAGUGAUUAUUGGUAUGUGAAAACUUUACUGGACAAACAUACUUGUGUUCAAACUAGAAAACUUAGGGCUUGCACUGCGAAGUAUAUAUCUGCAGAAAUCUUAGACAUGGUCGAGUCUAACCCUACAGUACCCCUUCGAAGCAUUCAAGAGCAAGUUCAGAAGAGGCUUCAAGUUGGUGUGUCCAUACACAAAGUACAGAGAGCAAAAGCAACAGCUACAAAGCAAGUGAGUGGUGACUACACAAAGCAAUACGAGGUGUUAAGAGAUUAUCUUAUGGAACUACAAGCAACUAAUGUGGGUACAACUGUGAAGCUUGAGGUUGUUAAUGAGCCUAACAGUACUAGAGAAACAAGGCAGUUUAAAAGGGUGUAUAUUUGCUUAGGGGCAUUAAAGAAAGGGUUUAAAGCAGGUUUAAGAGAUAUUCUGGGACUAGAUGGUGCUUUUAUGAAAGGACCCUUUCCAGGCCAAGUACUCACAGCAGUUGGAUUGGAUUCAAACAACGGCAUAUACCCACUUGCAUAUGCCAUUGUUGAGACUGAAAAUAUGAGUAGCUGGAAAUGGUUUCUAGAAUGCUUGGGAGAUGACUUAGAGUUGUGCUCAAAUUCUAACUUUACUUUCAUGAGUGAUAGACAAAAGGGACUCUUACCUGCUAUAGCACAACUAUACCCACAGGCUGAGCAUCGAUUCUGUCUAAGACAUAUUUAUGAGAACAUGAGGAAAAAAUGGAAAACAAAAGAGUAUAAAGAUCACUUAUGGCAGUGUGCAAUAGCAACCACAGUACCAGAAUUUGAACACUACAUGAAUGAACUUAACAAGUUUGAUAAGGAUGCUUUUGAGUGGUUGAAGAAAAUCCCCCCUCACCAUUGGGCCAGAAGCCACUUUUCAGGCAGAGCAGGAUCAGAUAUAUUGCUCAACAAUUUAUGUGAGGUUUUCAACAGUAAGCUUAUUCAUGGUAGGAAUAAGCCCAUCAUAAGUUGUCUUGAGUACAUCAGGCAGUACCUUAUGAAGAGGAUUUGCAAUGUGAAGAAAGUGAUGUCCAAAGCUCCAGGUCCACUCACUCCAACAGCAUCAAAGUUACUUGAGAGAAAUAGGGAAGCUUCAGUCCAAUAUAGAGCUAGAUGGAAUGGGACUGCAAAGUAUGAAGUUUAUGGUCCUUGGCAUGACCAGCAUGUGGUUGACAUGAAAAAUAUGUCAUGUACAUGUAGAAGGUGGGAAUUGAAUGGGAUUCCAUGCAGGCAUGCCAUAGCUACAAUACAUGAAAUGGCUGAUAGUGGAGACAAAGUUGGGGAGCUUUACACUUAUGUUAACAAAGUGUAUUGGCUUCAAACAUGGAAUGAAGCUUACUCUUACACUGUGGACCCUAUAAAGGGUAGAGCCAUGUGGCCAAAAAGUACCUGUCCAUUUCAAUUAACACCACCACCACAUCACAAUCAACCUGGGAGACCUAACACCAAGAGAAAGAGAAGUGCAGAUGAAAAAUAUGAUAAACAGAUGCAAAAUCAUGGUGCAGGUGAACCUGAAAAACUUACCAGAAAGUUUGUUAGUGUUAGGUGUGGGAAAUGCAACAAUAGGGGUCAUAACUCAAGGACGUGCAAGGGUCAAGGUGGGAAUGCAGGAAGAAAUGAAGGAGGGAAUGCAGGAAGCAGUCAAGGAGGGAAUGCAUGAUGCAGUCAAGGAGGGAAUGGAGGUAGCAGUCAAUGCAGGAAUUAGUGUAUUUUGUUUAAAAACUUAUCUUUUGGUUUAGCACAACUUUUGUGCAUUUGGAUGUAAUGGUUUAAAACUAGUUUGUUGUAAUGGUUUUAUUUUGGUCUUUUAGCCCUUUUGGUCAUGAAACUAAUGUCAACCUUUUGUCAUUGUUGAA